UGGAAGUAGACAUCGUAUAAUGGUGUGGAUGAGAAACGUCCCUUAUCAUCUCCAUUCCCAAUGGCACUGCAAGUCAGCUUCUCUUUCACAAGCCACAGUCCUUGCCAACAAAACCACACUCCCAAACUUUUUUCUCCCAAAACCUUCUCUUCAACGUCAUUGCCAAAAGCUUCCUUUUCAAACCAAAAACAAAACCCAGAAAGCAUCAAUGACCCUCAGAAAGAAACACCAAUACUAUCACUUGGUUCAAGCAAGAGAAGAAAGCUAAACCUCUCGGUUCUUGCUCUCCUCAUAAAUGGGUCAUUACCAAACUUGUCUAACAACUCCAUCUUGGCUCAAGAAUUGGAGCUUGCAAGAUACACUGAUUCCAAGGAGGGUUUCACACUCCUUACACCCUCUUCAUAUGUUAAGGUGGAUAAAGCUGGGGCAACAGUGCUGUUUGAAGAAGUGAAUAAAGGGAGUAACAAUAUUGGUGUUGUGGUGACCCCAGUUCGUCUCGCUAGUCUUGGUGAAUUUGGGAGUCCUCAAUUUGUGGCUGACAAGCUUAUACAAGCUGAAAAGAAAAAAGAAAGCACAAAGGAUGCCGAGGUUAUCUCAGUGGCUGAGAGAUCAGGCCAUGGAGGUCUGCAAGUAUAUGAAUUCGAGUACAAGGUUGACAGCACAAGGGGAGGGAUGAAGAGGAUCUUCUCAGCUGCAUUUGUGUCCUCUAAGAAGCUUUACCUCUUAAAUAUUGCCCAUUCAGACAAGCCAGAGAGUCCUCUUGAUACUGAUACCAGAACAAUUUUGGAAGAAGUGAUUCAUUCAUUUGAUGCAGCAACAAUGACAUGACUCUAUAGCCCACUCUUCUGGGGCAGUUGCUGGAUAGAGCACACACUUCUUUCUUGAACCUUCAAAGCUUAAGGUAACUUCUGCAUUUGUCUCAUGCAAGAUUUAUAUAAAAAAUGAAGUAACCGAACCUUGCCGAUUAAACGACAUUGCAACUCCUCACAGAAAUGAAUCCUCUCUCUCUAUAACAAAAGGAUAUCUUCUUCUUUAAGGAUCAUUGAUAAUAUCCAUUCCGAACAUUCUUUGCAACCUUAUGGAUGCUGUCAAUCGUCCUGGAGCAGUGGAAAGUAGAGUAGAAUAUUAUAGCUGUUCAAUUUGUUUAAUAUUUUAUUUAUUCUUGAGAUUCCCCAGGCUUAUGCCUGUUGGUCUUUGUAAUCUGUAAUACAUUUUCAGUCUGGGGGCAAUUUCUUAGAAUGAGAUUGAGAUUGAAGAUCUUUAUGUCAA